CUUUCCAACUUCUUCUUACAUAGUCUCUGUUCAAAAUCUUGUAGUGUACAUGUUCUUCAGUUCAAACCUCCUAGUCCUGAAACAUUUAAAAUAUCAGAAGAGUUAUGAUCUGCUACUAACAUUUGCUGCUGGAUAAGAAUACAACCUAUCUAUGCCACCUGUCCUCAACUUAAAUGUGGCAUUACAUUUGUGUGAGCAGAAAACCAGGACCCACACACUUGUUGUAUUAGCAAUCUGGGCUUUUCAAAACKUGUCAUCACAAGGAUGAGGUCUACCAUCCUCAUUCCUCGCCAUGGUUCAAAAUGGAAGUUCAAAUUUGCGAACAGAAGGAACAUGGGCAGAUUAUUGAGAUAUCUGGAGACUUUGCAGUCGAUGGGCCAAGAAGAAAAAAUGAUGUUUGUGGUGGUGCAGCCUGUGGUUUCUCUGAUGCCGGAACUCGGGCCAAGGAUGCCAAAGAACGACAUGCAUCUAUGAGGAAGCUUUUUCUGACAGUUGCACUAUGUAUUAUUUUUAUGAGCAUAGAAGUAGCUGGUGGCAUUAAAGCUAAUAGCCUUGCUAUCUUAACUGAUGCAGCCCAUCUACUUUCAGAUGUUGCCUCUUUCACCAUCUCUCUAUUCUCGCUCUGGGCAUCUGGGUGGGUAGCAACACCACGUCAAACAUAUGGUUUCUUCAGGGUUGAGAUCAUUGGAGCUCUGGUCUCCAUUCAAUUGAUCUGGCUUCUUGCAGGGAUCCUGGUUUAUGAAGCUGUCAUUAGAAUCAUCCAUGGCACAGGAGAAGUCCAUGGCUUUGUAAUGUUUGUUGUGGCUGGAUUUGGUUUAUUAGUUAAUGUUGUCAUGGCUCUCUUGUUGGGUCAUCAUCAUCAUGGUCAUGGUCAUGGUCAUGUUGAGCAUGACCAUGGGCAAGGUAAUUCUAGCCAUGGUGAUCAUGAUCAUGGUCAUGGCCAUCAUGGGGUCAACGUUAUGACACAUCAUCAACAUCAUAAUUUAAAUCAGUCAGAAGCCAAGCAUGAAAAGAAGAGCCAACUGAAACAGAACAUCAGUGUGCAAGGAGCAUAUCUGCAUGUUCUUGGAGACUCCAUUCAAAGUAUUGGUGUGAUGAUAGCAGGUGCAGUGAUAUGGUACAGACCUAAAUGGAAGAAAAUUGACCUAAUAUGCACCCUCAUUUUUUCAGUGAUUGUGUUGAGCACAACAAUAAAGAUGUUGAGAAACAUACUAGAGAUCUUAAUGGAGAGCACACCAAGAGAAAUUGACACAACAAUUCUGCAAGAAGGGUUGUGCAGGAUGGAAGAGGUUGUUGCCAUUCAUGAGCUACAUGUAUGGGCCAUCACUGUGGGGAAGAUCCUAUUGGCAUGCCAUGUUAAAACCAAGCCUGAUGCAGAUGCUGAUGUUGUGCUAGAAAAGGUUAUAGAUUACAUUAGAAGAGAACACAACAUCACCCAUGUCACCAUACAGAUUGAAAAGUAGUAGGAUUGAAAAGAUCUUUAGAUGUCUAAUGAACUGUAGACUGUAGUGCCUGCAUUAUUUUUGUGUGGAAAAUGGAAAUACAUCUGUCUUGGAGUUUUCUUUGUCUCAAA